AUGGAACAUGGAUCAGAAUCGACACAAAAAUGGCUUGGUUACUAUCUGGAAUGCAAUGCUGAUAAUAAAGAUCCUUCUUGGAAUUGUUCUGGUAAUGUUACACUUAAACUUCUUUCUCAAAAACCAGGAAAAGAGGAUUAUGUUCGUGAAUUUAGUCAUGUAUUCAAUGCGAAAGAGGACGAUUGGGGUUAUAAACAGUUUAUGACUUUUGAAGAUAUUAUGGACCCUGAAAAAGGCUGGUAUGAUGAGAAAGAGGAUACUAUCGUUCUUUUGGUUGAUGUAAAAGCAGACCCACCACAUGUAAUUAAAUCUUUGGAAGGAAUUAAAGAGAAGGAGAAUGAAAUUGAAAUAAAUAAUUCUGUAAUUAAUUUAGAAGAAUUGGAAAAUUUGAAGAAGAAUAAAGAAGAAAGCGAUAAAAAAUUAAAUGAAAAAUUAAAAGAAAAUAAAGAAAUUUACGAGAAAGUUGCUAAAAAUGUAAAUCAAAUUACAAUAUCUUGUGAAGAAAUUAUUAAAUUAAAAGAAGAAAAUAAUAAAUUUAUGAAGGAGCUUGACAAAAAUAAUUUUAUAAUAAAACAAUUGGAAAGUGAAAAAGUGAAGAAUUUAAAUGAAUAUGACUUGGAAAUCGAGAAAAUUAAAAGCAAAGUUGAAAAUCUUGAAAAAGAGAAGAAAAGUGCUUGUGAUUUAAGCAAGAUUAAAGAAAAUGAAUUAAAGGAAGAGAAGAAAAAAGUUGAAGAAUUAAUUAUUUUGAAUAAAAAUUUGGAAACAAAAGUUAGCGAAGUUGAGACUGAAAAGGCUAAAUUAAAUGAGAAGGUAAAAGGAUUAUUAUUAAAAAGUUUUUAA